AUGAGACGAUUCUUUUGGAUCCUUAAACGAUCCGUAACUCGUCGCAGCACUUCGGUGCGACUGUUUCUGCUAAUCGUGGUCUGUGCGCUGUUGAUGUGGGGCUGGCUUGUUGCCGACAUUGCGGCCAACGCCCUAUUGCCAACAGUGGCCGAUCAAGAUCUUGAACACUUUCAAAGGACGAGAAAUUUGAGAAGCUACAUUGAAAACACACAACUCCUAAUAGAACCAUCCGAGGUGCGAUGUGGGGAUAUUUUGGUUCUGGUCUCGUCAUCACCGAACCACUUUGAAGCUCGCGAGGCGAUCAGAAGUACAUGGGGUUCACAUCUGACUACCUUCUUCGUGCUGGGCAUAGAAGGAUACACUGAGGACGACCUUAUGGUAGACAAUUACUUGGAAGCCAAGCUGCACGGUGAUAUAAUAACCUACCAAUUCCGAGAUCACUACCAAAACCUGACUCUCAAGACUGGCUUGAUGCUGGAGUGGACCAUCAAUAGAUGUUCCACGUCGAAAUUUCUUUUUAAAACGGAUGAUGACGUUUUAGUCAACCCCUGGAAGCUCAAACGAAUCGUGGAGGAGAGGCCUGAUGAUGGUUUGAUAGGUUACCUGAAGACGAAUAACUACUUGCACAGAAGCACCCAUAACAAGUGGCACAUCCCGAGCUGGUUGCUUCGAGACGACUUUGUGCCGGGAUAUCUUUCGGGAACGGGGUAUUUAGUUAAUGUGAAGUACAUACGAUUAAUGCUCCAAGCCGCCUACACAGUGCCGAUUAUUAAUUUGGAAGAUGUGUAUUUUACAUAUUUAGUUGCUAACAAAACGUUGGGUAUAAAAUUAGCUCACGAAAGAGGCUUAAGUCCGUAUAAACCGUGGAUACCCUCGGGUUGUCUGUACUGGGGCUCGGCGUCUAGUCAUAGCUUGACCCCCGAGCAAAUUGUAAGAUGGGGGUCACGUGUUAUCAAAUUGGGGGCGGAGUACGAGAGAGACCAGAGUAUAUGUUCGGCGUUUGCAAACUAUGGCGAGUGGUUACUAUAUUAA